AUGGCGAACAAUACGAUUGUUCCUGGAACCGUGCCUAAUCUGCAGGUACGGCACAUCAUGGAUACACUCAAGAUUAUGGAAAGGGAGAAGAACCGAUCGACUUUCCCCAUAAUCAGAGGAGCUAACAGCUACUACACUCAGACAAAUACACUUGUGAUCAUGGCUAACGAACUUUCCAGGUAA